CUUUAUCAUCUCCUGCUUUGCGUGUCCCGUGUCCGUGUCUCAAUUGUCGUAAUUGCGGUUCAAUCUAAACGUUUUUCAAUCUAUUACGUAUUUGUCGUUGGAAAAUUAUCACUUCCUGUUCUCUAUUUUGUCCUCGCACAAAUUUUGGUAACCUUUCUAUCAGUUAUUGAGCUUUUUCAAAGGCUCCUGGUUUUCGAUCUUGUCUUGGAGAACAUCCUAAUUUUUAGCGCUUGUCUUUUCCUGUGAUAAGAGCUCCUGAUCAUGUCUCAAAGUGUCCAAGUGUGUGAUAUUGAAGAUGAUGUACGAGAUGCCAUCAAGAAGUUUCGAUUUCGGAAAAGUGAACUGAACUCAGCGCUGAUUUUGAAAGUAAACCGAGAGCAACAGAGAAUCUGCGUGGAUGAUUUAAUCGAGGAUGUGAGUUUGGAUGAUUUGCAGGAGAUACUACCAGGCCACCAACCACGUUUUGUUGUUUACAGCUACAAAAUGGAGCAUAGCGAUGGCAGAAUCUCCUACCCAAUGUGUUUCAUUUACAUUACCCCAAGAGACAGUCAAAUGGAGCUACAGGUCAUGUAUGCUGGAACCAAGAUGGCUCUUCAACGUGAAACAAAUCUUACCAGAGUCUAUGAAGUUCGAGAGCUGGAAGAGUUGACAGAAGAGUGGUUGAAAGAAAAGUUACAGUAAUGUCAUCAAACCAAUGAAUUUUUAUUGCAGCGCUGGAAGCGAUGGUGAGUUUAAGGAGUUUGUUGGAUCAGAAUGGUUUGUAACUACUAUGCUACAGGAAAAGAUGCAUGAAAUCAAUAUUUAAUGAUGCCCUGCUUCCAAGUUGCGCACUUAGUUGCAGGACAUUGCUGUAAAAACUGCUGUAAAACCUUCUUUAGUAGGUAGGCUAUUUAUAAAUUUAUUAUGACCAUUGUAUGAAUUUAUUACCAUUCAUCUCAGUUUUCAAGCUCCAUAAAAAUUGAAGCAUAAAGGAAGAUAUACUAGCUGUGUAAAAAGCUAUAGGCAAUGAAAAAAUUCUAAAAGAAGCAUUUCUUGCUUGGCUUGAAGGAUCUCCUUCAUACUAUGAGAUGAUAAACAAUACCAAUGACUUAACUUGAAAAUCUUGUAAAUUGAAUAUGAUUUUUCAGCAUUUCCUCUCCUAUUUUAUUUUUUGUAAGAAAAGGAACAGACUUCAUCACUUGAAAUUUGUUCAGAAUAUUCUUAAAACAGAACAGAAAAAUCACCGAAAUUUUCAAGACCUUACUCUGGUUAGUUUUCCAAGAAAAAAAAUGUAGAUUGAGAAGUUUGCAAUGGCAAAUUAAGGUGCAUAUUAUGUAAUCUCUAAAUUUAGCCCUUCAUACUUUCCUCUGCAUUUUUGGAGUGCCAAUUUUUGAACUUUUAUGCCCAUCACAAGAAUCUUUGAGUUAUUGAAACGUAUUUUUGUUAAUUGUGCAGUCAAUACAUUAAGUGUUCAUACUCAAGAACCCCAAAUCCUAUGAGCAUUUCUCCUCCCCGAAGCUUUUUAGUUUUAAGACUUUACUUCGAUCAUCAAGUUCGUUCAUUUUAGGAUUUUUCUCUCAUAAACUAUUAGAUAGAGAAGUUGAUAAUUAAUAGCUUCUCAAAUUCUGCAUUCUUGGCUUUCAGUGAGCUGUAAAAAUGUAUUAGCCCCCAGAAUUGUAAAAAAGUGCUUCGCUUAAUUUUUAUAGCUUGUUGAAAACCUUAAAAUGGAACCAAGAAGGUACUUCUUACCCGAUUUCUCUAUCCGGAGAAAAAAAAUCGUCAUAUUCAAACUCUGAAUGAUCCUCCUAUUUUUAUAUUGUAUUCGUGCGCUAUUGUUUUGCUUUGUUUUAUGAUUUAUGCAGCCCCAUUUCCCCCAUUAAACUUUAAUUAUUUUUAAAUCUUUUAGAUUUUGAUGAACUUCGAAUAUUUUAUGAUAUUCUAUAUUUAUUUAAGAGGACUUUCACUCGACAAAUGUUCAGGAAGAUUUUUAUCUUUACCUCUCUCUACUAAUUUCUGGAAAAACCAUCUUUAAGUGUCAAAAGUGGCAAAUGGUAAUCAACGUAAUUUUUAACAUUAUAUGAUGGAACGGAGUAUGGCAAUGCUAAACAGGUUUGUUCAAAAGUGACAAAAAAAAAUCAAAGGUUUCUAAAAACCUAUCCUAUGAAAGCUGCAUAAAUCAUACAUAUUUAUUCUCAUUUUUGUAUUAUUUUUUCCAUUUUAUUGUUACCCCUUCCUAUUGCAAGGUAUAAUUAGUUUGGGGUGUUCAAACAAAUCAAUGACGUCAAGCUAUCAGGAGGUACACCUUGUCUGGAAUUUCCGUUACAUUCCAUUAAAGCCUUUGUAGUUGGAAAUGACUGGCUUUUUUGCAAAUAAGUGAGCUUGUAAAAUUGUAUGUCUAUCCUUAGUUUUGCUCAGCUAAUCAGCUCGUAAACUAUAAAUAGCAACUGCUCAUUUUUACCACCUCUGAAAACUUAGGCAACUAGUUCUCUUUCUCUCUAGAACAUUUUUACAGAACUGUUUCAAUAGCUUACCGAAAACUGACAGGACACCCCAUUAUUUAGUGUGUAGCCUUUUCCCUCAAUUGUCAAAGAUAAAGAUUUGCUCCUACAUGAGUCGUUCGACUGUUGAGAGCCACCAGUCUUUCAGAAUGGAUGAGCUUAGAGCAUACCUGAUUUCUCUCAAAACGUCUGGACCAGCAUUCUCUAAACUGUCCAAUCAACUCUGUGGAUGGUUUGACAAAAUCUUCGAUGAAGUUGUAACAAUCAAACACAUGCAAACUGAUUCAAUCAGGUAGUACCUCCUCUUUUUAUCUGAAUAGACACCAAAUAUGUCUGAAUUUUUCAAUUACCCAAAUCAAGGUCAUAGGCAUCAAGUCAUGGAAUGCCUUUUUCUGCACAGAGCACAUUAAGACUGGAUAAAAAUUUGUGAUUUUUAUAUUUUUGUACCGUACCUUGUGCUACGCUCUCCAUUUUUUUUAACGCUUUGUGGUGUUUUAUAUUUUCUUACGGCUUUUACAGUUUAAUUUUAGAUCUGUUAUUUAUACCCUUUCGUUUUCUCAAUCAACCAAUGCAAUCAUUUUUUGUAUCAUUCUCUCUAAGUCCGAACUCUUAUUUAGGAAUGAUCUUUUUUCAGCAGUUUUUGUAAAAUUCAUAUCAAUGGACCACUAGAAAAGGUGCGAAUUUUAAAACAAGGAUGCAUGUUCUCUCAUCGAAAAGUAAGGUAUUUGCAACAAAAAUUUAUUGAAAAUAACUUAACGAUGGAAUCAACGUUUUUCGAUAAAUAAAGUCAAACUUCUGGCCUAUCAAAAGACCACAAUCUACUUGAGUUACAUUGCACACUAAAUGAUAGUGUAACAGUCUCUGUGCUAUGAAAAUAUGGCAACCUCAAAAUCAGAGAUUCGGCUCAGCUUCUGCACAUUGUUUACACUUCGAAAAACAUGGGGCCGGGAAGGAACAGCGCUUGAUUGAAGAGGCCUGCCAAAACUGUUGUGGUGCCGGAUUUGAUUCUGUAGCCUUUGGUUUUUCUUUACAAGUGGAAAAUUCAAAUUUCCCGCAUCAGUGCUAAAUAAAAACGUUGAUAUCUUUCGCAGGAGUUGAUUUCAGUAAUUUUCACCGCUUGAAACGUGUUUUAAAUAUAAUUUUGAAAGGGAAACAUGAAAGAUCGUUUUAAUACAUACCUUACAUGGUGGUCCAUUCAAACCUUAGAUAAUACGCUAAUACAUACACUCCAACUUGUGAACACUCCAACUGAUGAGAAUUCUGCGCAUCUUCCCUUUCUUUUAGAGGACAUAAUCGAGCUGGAACUAGCUAUUAAGCAACUGUUCCUAACUUGUGGCAGUGCAGUUCUGAUUUUUUUGUACAAUGUAUGAAUUACCAUGAGUGAUCUGUGAUAAAGUUUGGAGAGAUGAGUACUCUCUUGCAAACAGCAAAUUAUGUAGAUCCAACUUUUCGAAAAUGUGAACGUUCAGAAUAUGAGUACCAUUGCAGUAUGUACAUAUAAUUCUAAACCUACAGGACUUUGCAUCCUCUUACAGGACACACUUUCAUCAAACUUGAGGAUUUUCAGCAGCUUGAAAAACACCUUAUUUCUCACAUCUCUCAGAAUUGUUCAAAUAGCGCUUAGGUUAAUUAGAAAGUAUGCAGUUUGACAGAAUACUUACAGAUCCUCGAAGCUUCUUAUUCCCUUUUUUUCAUCUUUUUUCUUGAGGGUAGGUGGGUUGGUGUAUAACCCAAUUGCGCGCGUCACUUGUCUUGCCAUGAUUAAUCAUAAUUACUGUGACAUUUAUGAUUGUUAUUAGAUCUCAUUUUCGGUUAAUAUUUCUUUUUUACUACCACGGUCGUGUUAACAAUCAACUAUGUAACUAACUACUUAAAAAUCCAAGCCAUAGUGUGCCACUUGGCGUCUUUCUCUCCCGUUUUGGGAAUAUGCAUGAAAAAUUAUAAUAGUAGCAAUUGAAUAUUGUCUCAUGAAAUCCUUGACUGCUCCUCUAAUAUCAGAGUUGCAGGUAUUUCUCAAAAUCUUUGAUUCGCCCUCUUUUCCCUAUUCCUAAAUUGGUUGUUCGCACUUUCCGAUAUCUACCUUCAGGCACUCAAUAUGUCAAUGAGAAGUUCUUUGAGAGUGACAUUGCUGAGUUACUGGAAACUUCCGCAGGAAAGUAGUGCAUGGCAGCUGUGCCUUUAUUGCACUUUUUGCUAUCAUUAAAAAUGGGUUGCUCCUCCAGUUAUGCUCUCUCUCACCAUUCACCCAUUGAAUCAAUUUUUCACUUACACGUGUAAAUCCAUUGCAACAUUUCAAAAGUCAUUGUAGCACAGAGUGUAACUAACUCAGAGUGAUGCAGAAAGACGUUAAGUUUCGCUCUGAUGAUAUUUUCAUCGAUGUACAAUAAAGAGAGAUACCAUGACAAAACGCCAUGAAAAAAAGUCAAUUUCCAUGUCAAAGGUCACUCAGCAAAGCUCAGCCGUCUUGUCGUAUCAGUUGAAAAGAUAUCAAACUUUCCCAGGAUUAUGGUUUUAUCUUGCACAAAACUUGUUUGAGAGAAAAAGGUUAGCAAAAGCGUUGGUUUUAAGAGGACUCUUGUUCAAUCAAUACCUUAAUAUUAAUAAUUCCUUUGAUUCCAUCAAUCGUUGUCAGCAAUCUUAGUAAUAAUUUUGUGUUCUCCUAGCUGAGUAUUUUUGACCACAUUUGUAUUUGAUACCUUUUCUAAGUAAGUUUUAAUUUUUGUUAUUUUUAAAGAUGUCUAAUAAAAAGCAAUAUUCCAAAAAAA